AUUUCAAAGCGAACGAACGCAUUUUAACGGAUAAACGCCCCCCAAAGAGUGUCUAAACGUAAACAACAAAGAAGUUCUAAAAAGCACAAACAAAUACAUACACACUUUUAUGGUGUCAUAUACAAACACAGUAAUUUAUAUACGCAUUCAUAUACCUACAUACACAUAUAAAUAUAUAUGUGCGUAUAUUUAUAUAAAUAAGUAAAUGUGUGUCUAUAUGUAAAACUAUAGCGAAAAAAAAGAGGUUUCGAGCCUAAAAGUAUACUAACAUUUCUGGCCUUACCAAAAAGGCAAUAGCAAAAGUGAAGAGUGUGUAUAUAAAUUUAAACAAAAAAAAAAAAACGAGAAAGCAAAAAAACGCAUAAAAGUGGAAACAUCUUUCGCCUGUAUGUCCUCGAAGUAAAAAAAGGAAAAGGCAAGAAACGGAAAAUUUCUUAAGAAUUUUCAUAAGAAUUUUGUGCCGAAGUGUAGUGAAAAACAAAAGUAAAACAAGAGAAAACAAAUUACAAGUGGCCCAAUCUGCUUUGUGGCAAAGAGCGAAGCAACGACAAAACAAAAAAUACCGCAAAAAGUAUCACCAUAUGUUGACUGAGUCCCUGCCCCCUCCCAACUCCAAAAAUCCAAGUUAAAGUUUUAAUGAAAAGUCGAAUUUUGUGAAAAAAAAGGCCAACACUUUGGCAUCGCCCUCCCCCACACAGCCCCUAGGCCAGUGCACAUUUUGUGGAUUUUGUUGACUUUAUCCGGCAUUGAAAGCAGCACGUGAGACACAUUAAACGACGAUAAGCAAACAUUCUGCGUUUGGUCUACUUUUUGGAGCAGCGUCCUGCAACUUCUUCAAUACAAAAUACAAAAAAAAAAAACAAGAGAUAGAGAGCAAGUGUAGUGAAAGAUAACCGCCAUAAAAGCAGAAGCUUCACACCCAUACAAACAACAGCCAGCACCAACACCAACACCACCACCAUCAUCAUCGUUAUCAUCAUUCGCAGCAGUAUUGUAUCCAUUACUACUAAGCGCCAAAGGCUUUAAGGAGGAUUCUUACACUCACAUACUCUUAGACACUGGCAGUAGUAAUCACAUUGCAUUUGUGUGUAUGUGUGCUUGUGAGCUGUGUGUUUUUACAUAAAAACUGGCGUCUAACCGUCUCCCUGUGUGACUUUGCACACAACACAGCGAGUGUUGAUAAUUAUUAACCGACUCAUCUUCAGGCAUCAUCCCUUGCCCACCAGUAACUGACAACAAAAAAAAAAAAAAAAAACACGAAAAAAAGAGCGAAAGUAGAGAGAGCUCAAAGUGUUGAAAAAACAUAUCCUUAACUCCCCACAUACAAACUAAACAAAAAAAUGACCGAAAUUGUGGAACUGAAUGUGGGUGGUGUCCACUAUACCACCACCUUGGAUUCUUUGUUGCAUGAAAAGGAUUCACUGCUGCAUGAAAUGUUCUCGGAUAAUCGCGAUGAACUGCUUAAGGAUAGCAAAGGUCGCUAUUUCCUGGACCGUGAUGGUGUACUCUUCCGCUACAUACUCGACUAUUUGCGUGAUAAGGCUCUGAAUUUGCCCGAGGGCUUCCGCGAGAAGCAGCGCCUUCAAAAGGAGGCAGAGCAUUUUAAACUUCGCGGCAUGUUGAGUUGCAUGCGUAAGGAACGCGAAUUGCGUUCCCCGGGCAGCAUUACCCUGGGCUACAGGGGCAGUUUUCAAUUUGGCAAAGAUGGUUUGGCCGAUGUCAAGUUCCGCAAGCUAUCCCGCAUUCUGGUGUGUGGCCGUGUGGCGCUGUGUCGUGAGGUAUUUGGUGAUACCUUGAAUGAAUCCCGCGACCCCGACCAUGGUGGACCCGAUCGCUAUACCUCACGUUUCUUCCUGAAGCAUUGCUUCAUCGAACAAUCCUUUGAUAUGCUGCAUGAGCAAGGUUUUCGCCUGGCCGGCAGCUGUGGGUCCGGCACUGCAGGUUCAGCGGCAGAACCCAAGCCCGGCGUCGAUGCCGAGGAGAAUCGAUGGAAUCACUACAAUGAAUUCGUUUUUGUUAGAGACUAGAGAAAUGCCUCGACCACCAACAACAACAACAACAUUAUCACCCACACAACCACCAUCGAUUAAGCCGCUAUGCAGCCAAAGAUUGCAUAUAUAUCUGUUCCAACAUGAAAACAAAAAAAUCUAAAAAAAAACCAAAUCAGAGAUCUCUAGAAGAGAUCUUUUAAUUUAAUCUUAACUUAGCAAAAAUUGACAAAAAAAAAACAAAAAUAAAAACAACAAAAUACAAAAAAAGAAUUGUUUGGUAAGCAUGUGAAGUAAGUAAAAAAAAAAAAAUAAAUAAAUAAAACCUAGAACAAAUAUACAGCAAACAAACACAACUACAUUUAUAGGGACUAUGAUAUGUGCAUUUAAGCAUACAACAAAAUACACACAAAACACAAGCACAAAUGGUAAAAUUUGUUAAGGAUUUCGGUGAGGAAUACUAGAUUUUCUUUGUGUAGGAAGUUUUAUUAAAGGGUUUAAGCACCAUGAUUUCGUAAGAGAUUUGAAGUUUAAAGGUUGCUGCUUUUAUUUGGAAUUUUAAAAAUCAGCACCCAUGUUAUGUUGCUUUGGAUAAACCCAAACUUUAAUAUGGGCGAUCUUGUUGAGUAAGCACAUUUUAUGCUGCCAAUCGAAGGGGUUUUCUCGAAGACUUAAAAUAGCGAGAAAGGAGAAAGUAUGAAGUGAAAAUAUCCUUAAAAGUUGUUUUUUUUUAUAGGAGAAACAAUUAACGAAAGGCAAAAUUCGGGCGACGUUGUCCAUGAUAAUUUUCGAAAAUCUCAUAUGCAUAAAUAAGCCCAGUGACCACAAAAGUCUUCGCAUGGAGAACACGCAUUUUGAGAGUAGUGAAAGGAUGAGUGACCUAAAAAGAACACAAUUUCGCAUACGUCUGUCCGGCAAUCACAAUCAUGUGAUUCGACCAACUCAAUGAAGUAUCAAAUAUCACACUAAAGUUUUACGCAUUCGAAAUAAUGUCAAACUUUUGGUCAUUUAUAAAUACCUCAGGAUUUCCUAAGGAUGACAAGACAUUUAGAUUGACGUGGAUUCAAUGAUAAGCCAUUAGCCAUGGGCCACCUUUUAACGCUGGCAAGAUCAGCAUUAUGUCUAAGUACACACUCAUCAAUAUAACUCACAGAACCGCUAAGAUUUAUCUGUACAUCAUCAGCAUACAUGAGGACUUGACUAUGAGUCAAUUGUUUGGGUAGGUCGUUUGCGUAUAGAGAAACUAAUAGGAGCCCUAUAAUCGAACCCUGCACUCCUUUGGCCGCAUAAUGGCUUGGAUUAUCAAUUUCCAAAGCACACUAAUUGAAGCCUAUUAGUAAGAUAGGAUUUAAUUGAAUACACAGCCUGACUGCUGAAAUUAAAAAAAAAAAAAAACACUGGAGCUUGGUACAUAAGUUCAAAUGAUUGACAGAAUCGAAGGCUGAUCAAGAAGUACCAGAAAAGCAACCCUAUUAUCAUCUAUCUCACUUCUUAUGGAUUCUGAAAUUUCCACCAAAGCACUGAUGCAAAUGCAAAUUUUGCCCAUGAACAUUCCACUAAGGAACAGGGGCAAACUUCUCACCUAUCAAUGAGUGCAGUCCGAUUCAAGUUUAUGCUCAAUGAUAAGGGGCCGUGCCGCAGUGCGACACCUCUUUGGAAAGAAGUUUUACACGGCAAAGUACCUCACAAAUUAUUGGGUUGCCCAAAAAGUAAUUGCGGAUUUUUC